CUUUAGACAGUUUACACGGACACUGGGAAAGAAGUAGAUAAAUCCUGAACCCGGAGGCAGAAAGGCGGCGCUGGUUUUAUUCAUCGGCGUUCGGGCAGGAAGCGGUGCGGUUCUACGACCUUUAAGACGGUACCGUUUGGCGGCGAAAACAUACCCAUCCCGUAUUCUUUGCACUGACAGCAAAAUGGCUUUCGCUUCGGCGCUCAACACACCCAAGGGGCUUCACUUUCUACCGUUGCCGUCUUCCCUCAGAGAACGGCCACCCACCAAUCUGGUACUGCCACGUCACUUUCCGACUCGGUUUUCGUCCACGCUCGCCUUGGCUCGCCGCCGGAACCACCGCGCUGAAGUCGCGCCCUCCAAAACGAAGAUGAAGAAGAAAAGUUUGGGGAAGAAGGAGGUAAAGGAGGCGGAGGUGGAGGAGGAGGAUGUGGAUGAGGAUGCGAUAGAUGCGCUGUUUAGGCUGCUGGAGGAGGAUCUCAAAAACGACGACGCAUCGUUUGACGAGGAGGAUUUAACGGAAGAAGAGCUGUCGAAGCUCGAACAGGAAGUUGCAGAGGCACUGGGAAUUGACGGUGACGAUGAUGUUGAUGACGACGAUGACGAUGAUGAAGAGGAGGAUGAUGACGACGACGACUUUGUUGUUGAGAGCUAUGCCGAAGAAGAAGAAGAAGAAGAAGGAGAUGAUGAUGAUGAAGAUGAGGAGGAGGAGGAAGAGGAAAGUCCGGUGAAGUUGAAGACUUGGCAGCUGCGGAGAUUGGCGGCGGCUUUGAAAGUUGGUCGGCGCAAAACCAGCAUAAAAACUCUUGCAGCUGAGCUUUGUCUUGACAGGGCUGUUGUUCUCGAAUUGCUUCGUGAACCCCCUCCUAGUCUUUUGAUGAUGUGUGCUGCUUUACCUGAUGAGCCUGCUACAGUGAUAUCUGUGUCCCAAACAAAGUCUGUAGAAGCUGUUGUGGAAGCAACUCGAGAAACCGUGGUGGAAACGGCUACAGAUUCUGUAAAGCUUGAACCUGCAGUGAAGGUGCCCGUUCAUGUCAGGCAACAAAAGUUUUUUGCUCAAAAGAGACUGAAGAAAGCGCAAGUUGAAACCCUUGAAAGCGUUUAUAGAAAAACAAAGCGGCCCACUAAUGCAAUGGUCAGCAGCAUAGUGCAUGUGACAAACCUUCCCCGCAAAAGAGUUGUGAAAUGGUUUGAAGACAAACGUUCUGAGGAAGGCGUUCCAGAUUCUCGGGUUCCCUAUCAACGGCCUGCCCCUAAUACUGUCUAGUGAACCAAUGUGUAAAUCAGGUACUUAAAUGGUUAUAAUGACAUCUGAUAGGGUUUAAGUCUCACCUUAUUUUUGUUUUUGUGACAUCUGUGUUGGCCUCGGGCUAGCUUGAUGAUGACGGGUGGGGACAAAAUUUGGAUUAGGGUAUGUUAGCUCGGAUUAUGGUUUCAUUCACAUCCAAUGUACCCAAAAGAAAAAGAUUAGCUGAAUGAAGUCUUCCCUUAGUUCGAAAUAAUAUUUGGUAUCAGAAAACGUUGGUAAUGAAAAAUAUUUGACCUCUA